CGGCGAUGCGAUUAUUUACUUUUUAGAUUAACCUUGAAACAAAACUUAAAUCUUUAUUAUUAUUAACUUUACAUACUAUGAUAAUUUGUUAGGAAGAAGAGAAUUUUACGGAAGACAUUUCAAGUUAUAUUUGUACCUACUUAUUGCGAGUUUAUACUUAAUAAUUGAGUAAAGUAAAAAUGAUUAUAAAAUUAUUAACAUUAUUUUUGUUCUGGAAUAAUGUUUCUUCAAUUAAUGUUCAAGACAUUAAUCUUCCACCUGAACAUUUCGUAUAUUUAUUCAAUUCUUUUCCUGAUAUUGCCAAAUCUUGUUCGGAAGAUGGAAAUUGUCCAUACAAAUCAUUUUUAGAUAGGAAAGCUUGUUGGGGUUAUGAAACAGAUUGUAAUCAAAAAAAUUCUUAUCAUGUACGGCCUCGAUGUCCCGGUGAUCACAGAGGCUGGGUUAAAUCAAAACAAGCUCAAUAUGAAACUUUCUAUACUCAAGCUGAUUUUGGUUAUGUAAAGGAGCAAAUAGAUGAACUAAUGGUAAUGUGCGAAGCCUCGAUUCCUGAUGACAGUUCUCUGGAGUGCUCUAAAUAUUUAAGAUUUUGUAGAGGUCGGAAUCUCAUGCUUAACUUUACGGGCCUUGUUGGACGUGGAAACAAUUUAAGAUAUAAAAUGGAUAUUCUGGGACCUGGUCAGAUUGGGGGACAUUGCAAUUUUUAUUCUGACCGAUUAAUGAAAGAAGCAGAACACAUGAGUGCAUUGCAGUCCUGGGCACCUGAGUUUGUUAAUUUUAUAAGAACACCAGAAAGACCAUUAAAAGAUAGCAAAUGUGAUAUAGUAAUUGAAAAACCAACAUACAUCAUGAAAUUAGACGCAACUGUGAAUAUGUAUCACCAUUUCUGUGAUUUCUUUAAUUUGUAUGCAUCAUUGCAUGUCAAUUCGACUCAUCCAACAACAUUUUCAAAGGACAAUCACAUUCUUAUUUGGGAAACAUUUACAUAUGAAUCUGCCUUCAAAGAUGCUUUUAAAGCUUUUACUGUUAAUCCCAUUUGGGACUUAAAAAUGUUCAGAGGAAAAGUUGCAUGUUUCAAAAAUGUUGUAUUUCCUCUUUUACCACGCAUGAUAUUUGGACUUUACUAUAAUACACCUGUGAUAUAUGGAUGUGAAAGAAGUGGUUUAUUUCACGCAUUUUCCAAGCAUAUUUUACAUUCUCUUAAGAUACCACUGCAUAUUCGUAAAAAUGACAAAGUAAGGAUUACAUUAUUAUCGAGAGGCACUACUUAUCGAAAGAUAAUGAAUGAAGAGAAAAUAGUGAAGGAAUUGCUUAAGAAUAAAGAAUACCAUGUGGAGCGAGUUGUCUAUGACAGAACAAUACCUUUCUCACAACAAUUGGAAAUGACUCACAACACUGAUGUGUUCAUUGGAAUGCAUGGAGCUGGAUUGACACAUUUAUUGUUCCUGCCCGAUUGGGCAGCAGUGUUUGAAGUGUACAAUUGUGAGGAUCCUAACUGCUAUUCAGAUUUGGCUAGACUUCGCGGUCUGAAAUAUGUCACAUGGGAAAAUAAAACAAAACUUAUUCAGGAGGAUGAAGGACAUGGCCCAGGUGGUACGUCGCAUGCAAAAUUCACAAAUUACUCUUUUGAUGUUGAAGAAUUUUUGAGAUUGGUGAAAAUAUGCGCCGCAUACGUACAACAAAGACAGGACUUCCAAAAUUUUGUGAAGGCAUCUCUUGAAUCUCGACGUAUGAAUGACGAGUUAUAAAUUGUGUUCUAGAGUAAGAUUUAAACUCAAAAUUUGUGAUACUAACUUGAAAUUAUUUUUUUAUAGUACAAUUUUGAUGUACAAUUAAUUUUUAAUGGUUGCUUAGUCAUGUAAAUUGUUUUAAGUUACUUAAUUUCAAGUCUUAAUCUUAAACAAAAUAAAAUUAAAAAGUCGUCUCAAAGAUCAAGAAAUGAAAAUACAUUCCGAAAAGAUAGUUUAGGUAACUUUAUCAUUCAAUAUUCUACGAAAUUUUACUUAUUCCACAAUUCUAGAAUCAUCUAUCAGUCAUGAAAGCUUGUUAGAUUUAAUAUAUAAAUAGUAGCAGACUGUUAUUUUUUCCCCUUCUAAAUUCUUCAUCCGAAUACAUUCUAAAUAUUUCUUCUUUGUAUAGAAAAUCAAGUAUUUCUUUGCUGCAUUUUCUCACUGGUUUAUUUAAACCUUUGAAUGUGCUGGGUUUCUUUCUGCUUUUUCUUUAUAAAAAACAGUUUUGUUCGUUUUUGCCGAUUACGAAACACAAUCUUGCUUUGCAUUUGAUGCAAAAGACAAAAGGCAACUGUUUUUUUGGCAGUACCUAGUCUACAACAACCUUCAUCCAUAGCCUCUUAUAACUUAGAAUUAAAAGAAAUGAGUAAGAAAGUAUUUCAUGCUAAUUUCGAGUUGCUAAUUUACAUGCUAAUUUCUGUGAACUUUGGUUAUCACUAAACAAAUUAACAGGUGUAUUAACAAUUUCACCUCCACUUAUCUCAAUAAUUAAAUUUCUUAAAUAUACAGCCUCUUUACAUGCCUCAGAGAGCGCCAUAUAUUCCGCCUCUGUGCUUGAUAAUGCAACAGUUUUUUUGCUUUCUACAUUCAUA